AUGAUGUCGCAGCUCACAUUGACCUUCAUUUGUUUUCUUCUAUCAACAUUUAGUAGCCUAAUUGCUGCUGUCGAUUUGGAUCUGAUAAUAACUACUCCAAUUUAUAUCAAAAGUUUGACAACUGAUAAUGUGGAAAAGUUUGGGGAUCUACAUUAUGAUAAAACUUCAGAUUCUGGUAUCUUCAACCCCGAGUUAGAUGUGAUUUCUAUUGCUAAUGAGAAACAAACAUUUUCCUUAGAGGGAUUUGAUGAUGAUAAAGUGUGCAUUGGGUUGAAAGAUGAAGUGGAAGAAUUAAAUUGUUUCAGUUUUAAAAAAAUAUCAAAUCCAGUGAAGGGCAAAUUUAUUAUACACACAAAUACAAAGAAUAUUCCUUAUUUUUUUGACUUUAUAGUUGAAACAGAAAACCUUCAGAGCUCUCAAAAGGCACAGAGGGUUACAUCGUCUAAAGGUAGAGGUAAAAGCGCCCAGAAGGAAGAUGAUUCUCUUAUUCCGGUUGUGGUGGAGAAAGUUUCACUUGGUGUUAGACCAACUCUUAAAAGCCCUGAAAUCAAGGAAAAGAAAACAAAGGAACAAGUUGCUAAGGAAAAAAUUGAAGGAGAUAAGACAUUUUUCCAAAAAUACUGGAUGUACCUCUUACCAAUAGCGAUUAUGGUAAUGUUCGGCGGUGGGGGCGAUUCAAAUGCUGCUGCUCCUGCUCCAAAAUGA